AUCGACUUGCGCUGCGUCUUUAAUCCUAAGGGCGGGACUCUUGUCACUCAGGCAUCACCAACCAAUCAGUGCCUCUAGGCCGAACUGCCAGUCAGAAGUCUUGCAGGGCUCUUCCCUGGCCGCCACUGCUCCUUUUGGGCUGCAGAGAAGAUCGGGCCAGUGUUUUCUUUCGCCUUUUGUGCUGCGAGUGCAGCUGCAGGGAGCUGUGAGAGGACCGCGGGCGAGCCGGGAAGCCAGGACAUGAAUGCAGUGACCUAUGAUGAUGUGCAUGUUGACUUCACUUGGGAAGAGUGGACAUUGCUGGAUCCUUCCCAGAGGAAUCUCUACAAAGAUGUGAUGCUGGACAUCUACCACAGCCUCAGUAUCAUAGGAUACAGUUGGGAAGACCAUAAUAUUGAAGAACAUUUUCAAAAUUCUAGAAGACAAGAAAGGCCUGAACGAAAUCACACUGGAGAGAAACCUUCUGUAUGUAGUCAGUAUGUUAAAGUCUUUGCUUAUGACAGACAUCUUCAAAGGCAUGAAAGCACACAUAUUGGAGAGAAACUGUAUGAAGUUAGUCUAUGUGGUGGAGCCUGUGAACGUGAGAGAAAUCUUCAAAUGAAUGAAAGAGCACAGACUGAAGAGAAACCCUAUGAAUAUAAUCCAUGGGGUGGAGCCUUUACUCCUCACAGUCAUCUUCGAAGGCAUGAAAGAACACAGACUGAAGAGAAGCCCUAUGGAUGUGAUCAGUGUGGUAAAGCCUUUGCACAUCCUAGGAAUCUUCAAAUACAUAAAAAAACACAUAGUGGAGAGAAACCCUAUAGAUGUGAUCAGUGUGGUAAAGCCUUUGCACAUCCUAGGAAUCUUCAAAUGCAUAAAAAAACACAUAGUGGAGAGAAACCCUAUAGAUGUGAUCAGUGUGGUAAAGCCUUUGCGCUUCAUACAAAACUUCAGAUACAUAAAAGAACACAUACAGGGGAGAAACCCUAUGGAUGUGAUCAAUGUGGUAAAGCCUUUGCAUAUCAUAGUAAUCUUCAAGCACAUAAAAGAACACAUACUGGAGAGAAACCCUAUGAAUGUAAUCAGUGUGGUAAAGCCUUUGCAUAUCACAGUAAUCUCCAAACACAUGAAAGAACACAUACUGGAGAGAAACCCUAUGAAUGUAAUCAGUGUGGUAAAGCCUUCGCUUCUCACAAUGCUCUUCAAAUCCAUGAAAGAAGCCAUACUGGAGAGAAACCCUAUGAAUGUAAUCAAUGUGGUAAAGCCUUUACACAACACGCUAAUCUUAAAAUACACAGAAGAAAACAUACAGGGGAGAAACCCUAUGGAUGUGAUCAAUGUGGUAAAGCCUUUGCACAUCAUAGUAAUCUUCAAAUACAUAAAAGAAUACAUACUGGAGAGAAGCCCUAUGGAUGUGAUCAAUGUAGUAAAGCCUUUGCACAUCCUAGAAAUCUUCAGGUACAUAAAAGAACACAUACUGGAGAGAAACCCUAUGAAUGCAAUCAGUGUGGUAAAGCUUUUGCAUGUCACAGUAGUCUUCAGGUACAUAAAAGAACACAUACUGGAGAGAAACCCUAUGAAUGCAAUCAGUGCACUAAAGCCUUUGCACAGCAGAGUCAUCUUAAAUGCCAUAAAAGAACACAUACUGGAGAGAGACCAUAUGAAUGUAAUCAAUGUGGUAAAGCCUUUACAUGCCACAGUAGUCUUCAAAUACAUAAAAGAAUACAUACUGGAGAGAAACCCUAUGAAUGUAACCAAUGUGAAAAAGCAUUUGCUGAUUUCAAAUCUUUUCAAAUUCAUAAAAGAAGCCAUACUGGAGAGAAACCAUAUGAAUGCAAUCAAUGUGGUAAAGCCUUUACACAACACACUAAUCUUCAAACACAUAGACGAAAACAUACUGGAGAGAAACCCUAUGAAUGUACUCAGUGUGGUAAAGCUUUUGCAUGUCACAGUAGUCUUCAGAUACAUAAAAGAACACAUACUGGGGAGAAACCCUAUGAAUGCAAUCAGUGUGCUAAAACCUUUGCACAAAUUGGUCACCUCCAAACACAUAAAAGAACACAUACUGGAGAGAAACCCUAUGAAUGUAAUCAGUGUGGUAAAGCCUUCACUUCUCACAAUGCUCUUCAAAUGCAUAAAAGAACACAUACUGGAGAGAAACCCUAUGAAUGUAAUCAAUGUGGUAAGGGCUUUGCAUGCCAUAUUCAUCUUCAAAGGCAUAAAAGAACACAUACUGGAGAGAAACCCUAUGAAUGUAAUCAAUGUGGUAAAGCCUUUACACAACAUGGUAAUCUUCAAACACACAGAAGAAGACAUACUGGAGAGAAACCCUAUUAAUAUAGUAAUAUCAUAAAGCCUUUGAAUGUCACAGUAUCUUCAAAUGUGUACAAGAACACAUGCUGGAGAGAAACCGUAUGAGUGUAAUCAAUGUGGUAAGGCAUUUCCUCACCAUAAUGGUCUUCAACUACAUGAGGGAACACAUACUGGAGAGAAACCCUAUGAAUCACUGUGGUAAAGCCUUUGCGUUAAUCAGCAAUCUAUGAACUUAUCAGAAAGAGAUGUACUGUGGAUAAACCCUAAAAAUAUAGUCAGUGUGACAAAAUUUUGCAGUUUAUACAGGAGUAAACCAACAUGUUUGUGUGCAAUCAAUCUAUUAAAGCCUUUGUUUAUUGCAAUAGUCUUUGAGUGAGCCGGGCGAUGGUGGCGCACGCCUUUAAUCCCAGCACU